AUGGCCGAAGCAAUUGCUUUCGACAUUGCCAAAGAGCUCAUUACUAAGUUGAGCUCUCCUGCUCUCUCUCAAAUUGGACUGUGGUGGAAUCUCAAAGAUGACAUCGACGGCCUCAAAAGCACCGUCUGCACAAUCAAAGCUGGGCUUCUUGACGCAGAAGAGCGAUCCGUGACCGAUAAUCUUGUCAAAGAUUGGCUUGAAAAGCUGAAAGAUGUACUUUAUGAUGCCGACGACUUACUCGAUGAUUUCUCUGCCGAAGCUUUGCGGAAAAAUCUGGUGAGUGGGAACAAGCUGACGAAAAAGGUACAUCUUUUCUUCUCAAGCUCAAACCAGUUUGCUUACAGUCUCAAAAUGGGUCGGAAAAUUAAGGCCAUUAAGGCGAGAUUAGCUUCAAUUGAAAGUGAGUUCAACACUUUUCGCUUCAUGGUGCGUGACCGCCCCGCUGAAACAUCUUUCAUGACUAAAAAGAGGCAGGAAACACACUCUUUUGAGCGUGAAGAUGAAAUAAUAGGGAGGGAUGAUGAUAAAGCAGCUCUUCUAAAACUCGUGUUAGAGUUUCAAAGUGAAGAGAAUGUUUACAUCGUUCCAAUUAUGGGGUUAGGAGGGUUAGGGAAGACUGCUUUGGCCCAACUUGUCUAUAACGAUGAAAUGGUCAAAAAUCAUUUUGAGUUGACGAUGUUUGCGUGCGUUUCAGAUGUUUUUGAUGUGAAAAUUAUUGUAGCAAACAUUAUCAAAUCUAUAACUAAUAAAGCCCCUGAUCAAAAUCUUGAAAUGGAUCAAUUGCAAAAGCAACUUCGAGAUAAAAUUGAUGGGAAAAAAUAUUUGCUUGUUUUGGAUGACAUUUGGAAUGAGAAUGAGCAACAAUGGUUAAGCUUAAAGAAGUUAUUAAUGGGUGGGGCUAAAGGGAGUAGGAUAAUAGUAACUACUCGAUCCCUAAGGGUAGCAAAGAUUGCUAAUAGAUGUGAAUCCCAUGUUUUAAAACUAAAAGGCUUGUCAGAUGAUGAUGCUUGGUCUUUGUUCAAAAAGAUAGCAUUUGAUCAAAGAUAUGCAGAUUCGACAAAUUCAGCCUUUGUGGAAGUAGGGAAACAAAUUUCAAAAAGGUGUGGUGGGAUUCCCUUAGUCAUAAGGGUGAUAGCUAGUGCGUUAUCUUCUAAAGAAACUGAAAAUGAGUGGCUUUCUUUCAAAGAUAGUGAACUUGCUAAAAUAUCACAAAUUGAAGGAGAAAUUCUACCUACACUUAAAUUGAGUUAUGAUCAUCUUUCGUCCCAUUUGAAGCAUUGCUUUUCUUUUUGCCGAUUGUAUCCAAAAGAUUAUGAAAUUGAUGUACAAGAGCUUGUUCAAUUUUGGAUUGCACAAGGUUUUGUAAAGCAAUCAAAUUCAAAGCAAUCUUUUGAAAAGAUUGGGUUUGAGUAUUUUAAAGAAUUAGCUGAAAAAUGUUUCUUUCAAGAAGUAAAAGGAGACUUGACGAAAGAAAUUACAUGUAAAAUGCAUGACUUAAUGCAUGAUCUAGCUAAAUUAGUAGCUGGAACAGAAAGUAGUACUGUAGAUUCAAAUUUAAGUACAAGUGAGAAAUAA